AUGCAGAUAAAAUCGGAAAUUAAAAACUGCCUCGACUUUUUAAAGCAUGUAUAUGGUGUAUUCGGAUUUUCAUUUAAUCUUUACCUGUCAACACGUCCUGAUGACUAUCUCGGUGAACUUGAAUUGUGGAACAAGGCUGAGAAGCAACUUGAAGAAAGUUUGAAUGAGAGCGGCUUCAAAUGGGAACUAAAUGCUGGUGAUGGUGCCUUCUAUGGCCCCAAGAUCGAUAUAACAAUAAUGGAUGCUAUAAGGAGGCGGCAUCAGUGUGCUACUAUUCAACUUGACUUCCAGCUUCCUAUUAGAUUUGAUCUUACUUAUGCAGCGUAA